AUGGAUGAUAAAGCCUUAUUUGUCAAUACCAACAGUGAGAGUGAGAAUAAUCGAGUACCUAAUGGAAGUAUAUUAGAAAUGCUGGCAAACCAUUCUCACCUUCUGCCGGAUUGGCUGCUGCUGAUAGUUACUUGCAGACGCAAAUAUCGAUCAAUCAUAAAACACAUGUUUCCUGGGAUCAAAACAAUAGCCAUAGACGAUUUACGUAAACCAAUGAUUGCCCAAGAUAUUCAGGAGUAUAUGACAUGUAGAUUUAAUGAAGAGUCCAUCCAGUGUUCAAACGAAGUUCGAUUAGAAAUGAUGCAUCUGCUUCGAAUUAAAAGUAGUGCAUGUAUGCUUUAUCUGGAAACAGUUCUAGAUUUGAUAAGAGAUGGAAGAAUAAAUUUACAGGAUGUAGCUUUUAUUCCAGGCACACUAAAUGGUUUAUUUCUAUGGUUGUGUCAACAUUUAUUUCCUCUAACGAGUGAAUUCGAUAGUGAAUCAACAUUUGUAUCAGUGAAACCAUUGUUAAAUAUUAUGCUGGCAUCUUGUGAGCCAUUGUCUGUACAGUCACUUUAUUCAGUUUUACUUGUCUCAAAACCGGAUCUAGCCAAGUCUACUUUUUAUCAGCAACUUCAUCAGCUAAAGCCAAUAAUAUCUCUCAAUUAUGAAUCAUCGGAUUAUAUAAUUAAUAAAACAAAUACCAGUGGCUUUAUGGACUCAUUAAUUGUACAUUUCUUGCAUGAGGUAUUCGCUGAAUGGUUAAUUGAUGUGAAGCAUUGCACCUCGACUUAUCUGUGUAACAUAACAGACGGUCAGUUCCUUAUCGAGAAGGCACUUGUUAAUAACACAAAAUAUGAUUCAUCAUAUAUUUCACGUAAUAAGGACAAUGAUAGUUAUGACAGGAACUUACUACUUUUGUCCUCAGAAGAAUAUCCUGGUCUAAUUGUUCGAAAAUCAAAUGACAAUGACGUCACUCUUGAUUUGUGCAAAGCAAGUAUGCUAAUCAAAAAGAGCAAAUCAGCUGACCAGACAGAUUCGCGUUAUAUGGCAAAUACGUUGGAUUGUACAACACUUUCAUCUGAUCCUAAUGUAGUUCCUGAUAGUAAUCAUGUAAUUUAUCCCCAAACUAACCAACUAUCUGAUGUUGAUCAUAAUCGGAUAGGAUAUGAUUAUUCAACAUACUCGAUGAAGGAGCGUGAUGAGGAAUAUGGUACAGCUGAACAGUUAAGGCAGAAAACAUCAAUUUGUCAUGAAUUAAUAUCAGCUAUUCGACUGGGACAGUAUGAAAAUAUUAAAUUAUUACUUGAAUCAGAUGCGGACCCUAAUACUAUUGAUCAGGAUGGUUGGUCAGCCUUAAGGACUGCGGCAUGGGGAGGGUAUUCAGAUAUAGUACAGUUAUUGAUCUACUAUGGUGCUGAUGUAAAUUUAUCGGGACCAGAUGGUAGAACUGCUCUGCGUGCUGCUGCAUGGGCUGGAAAUGUUGGUACUGUGAAAUGUUUACUUAACGCUGGUGCUGAUGUUAACAAAUCAGAUUCUGAGAAACGUACGGCAUUGAUUGCUGCAGCUUACAUGGGCCAUAAAGAUGUUCUGGAAGUCCUACUUGAAGCAGGGGCUGAUGUUAAUCAUUCUGAUUCAGAUGGUCGUACAGCACUACAUGUUGCUGCAUUCUGUGUACAAAAGUCAGAUGCACAUGCUGAUAUUGUUGCAUCGCUUUUAAAUCAUGGUGCCAAUCCUAACUUAUCAGAUAGUGAAGGUAUUACACCUUUACUAGGUGCUUCCAAUACUGGUAAUUGUGUGGUCUGUGAAUUAUGCCUUGAAGCUGAUGCAGAUGUGAAUAUUACAGACAAAUCUGGACGUACUCCUGUUAUGCUAGCUGUUCUUGGCGGUUACACUCAUAUUGUACGCUUAUUAUUAUUUUGGGGUGCUACGGUGGAUAUUAUGGAUUAUGCAGGACGUUCUUUGUUAAGCAUUGCUGCACAGAUUAAAAAUGCACAAAUUGUACAAGAAUUACUAGCACGUGGUUUGGAUGAAGCUCAUAAAGAUCAUUCAGGUUGCACACCUCUACAUUUAACUUUGGAAAAUUCCUGUGAUAGUGAAUUGUCUCUAGAGCAUGAAAACAAUCAAGAUGAAUGUUGUGAAGAAGUGAUUCGCUUAUUGUUAGAUGCUGGAGCUAGUCUGGAAGAAACCGAUAACGCAGGUCGUACAUCCUUACUUGUGGCGUGUCAAGCGAACAACAUAAACGCUGUACAUAUUCUUCUUAAUUAUUCAACUAAUGAUCCAUUAAGCUGUAGAAGUCCGACUCACUCUGGAUCAUCUGAAUCUCGACAACAAUUAAAUCCGAAUUCUUCUCAUGGUCAUCUGCCGCACUAUGUACAUCCAUGUAUAAAUAUAGCCUCGUAUGAUGGUCAAACGCCGUUGAGAGCAGCAGCAUUUAAUGGAAAUCAAGAUAUGGUGAAGCUUUUAUUGUCCUACGGAGCCGAUCCAGAUCAUCAGGAUGCUUAUGGUCGUACUACGCUUUAUAUGCUGGCAUUAGAAGGUCAACUUGAUAUGGCUGAUUUACUUCUUCACUGUCCAGCUCCUGGCGUAUUACCUCGUCCUGGAUCUAGUAGACUGAUUGGCGCCAAUCCAGUGUUAUCAGAUGAUGAAGGACGUUUUCCCCUGCAUGUAGUCACAUGGCUUGGACAUGUUGAUUUCGUCCGUUUAUUGUUGCAGGCUGGUACACCGGUUGAUAUUCGUGAUCGUGAGGGUAGAACACCUUUACAGUUAGCUGCUUGGCAAGGUCAUGCUGAAAUAUGCCAUAUAUUGUUGAAUGAAGGCAACGCUCGAGUAGAUGCGGUUUGUAGUCAAGGUGCUACUGCAUUAUGCAUUGCUGCACAAGAAGGUCAUUUAGAUGUUUGUAAAGUACUACUUCAAGCCAAUGCAAAUCCCUUACAAACUGAUUCCCAUGGACGAACACCAUAUCGUGUAGCCUUAAAAGCUGGACAUUUAGAAAUAUGCAAACUUUUAGAGUUAAGUCAACCAGAUUUUACAAUGAUUAAUGGACAGUGGCAAAGUAUCAAUAAUGAUCCAUUUCAAAAUAAACAUGUAAAAGAUAUGAAGACUAGACGUGAUUCUGACAAAGUUCCUCAAUUCCCAGUAUCUUCACAACAGAAAUAUGCAGUGAAUAAUACACCUAUUGUAUCAGAUAGUCCCGCUAAGAUUAACAGUAAAGAAUUUCAAGUGGUCAGAACUGAAAAUUUGAACCAGAAUAUUUCACCCCGUCAACAUAAUCAACCGUCUAAAGUUUAUUAUGAUGAUGAUAAUCCAUAUGCAAGACCACCUGAAUUAUUUACAACACGUUUUGUACCAACAAAGAAAAGUGUUACUCAUUGUGGGCAACCAUCUCAAACAUCCAUUUCACAUGGUAGUCAUCAUAUCGUAGAAGAUAUGAAAACUGUUCAUAAUCAGAAUUGCAUUCCAAAAUCUGGUUAUUAUAUUCCCCUGGAACAAAAGAAUCAUACACAUGAAAAUUGGUGGAAUACUCCAGUAUGUUAUCAAUCACAGCCUACUUCUACAGAAACAAAUCAUACUCCGGUAUCUUGUAAUCUGAAUUCUGGUUAUCCAUUGCACAUGAUAAUUCCCAGUGAAGGUGUACAUAUUCAUGGUAAAUUUGAUCAAAACCACUUACCAGUAUCUAAAAUGAUCCAUUUGGAUUAAAUCAAUAUGAAUGCCGCAAAAGUGAAAAUACGUACAUUCAGACUUUCAUUUACUUUUCUUUUGAUAUUAUUUACCGAAGAUUUAUUGACACGGAAUCUAUUGAUUAAGAUAUUUUCUACCUAUUACUGACUGAUUUCCAAGAUGUAUGGAUGGUUUGUUUCAUUCAUAAUAUCUUAAAAUGCUUUAAUUGCUCCUGUUCAACUUUGAUAUUUAAAAAUGAUACAUUUAAGAAUAGACUUGGAGUUUUUUGAUUUCCUUUUUUGUUGCCAUCAUUGGAUCUACUAUCGUGAAUUUUCCCACAUAUACUCCAGUCAAAUGAUUUAUGGUUUAUGUGACUAAUACAAACUUCUUUUUCAUAUAA